CCACAAUUGGCACGACUGUAGCUCGAGCCGCAAUUUCUAGCUGAAAUACCAAAUACUACGGCCCCCACCUGGACGCCGAGUUCGCGAAACAUUACAAAGUUUGCGAUAUAUCCACUUAAAGGGCACGAAAGCCCCGCAACGACAAUGGGAGCUCUUCUCUCACUCCCUAUCACCCUCCUCAAUUUCCUCCUACCAUUCACCAAACCUGGCACACCAAUCCUCCAAGAUCUGAUACAUACUAUCAUACUCUGUGGCACGCUCUACUACGCGCCCCAAGUAGCAGAAUGGUACAACACACGGCAACUGGGAAACACAACGGACGGCGCAGGGCGGGAUGAAGAUCAAGACCAGAACCACGGGGAGGACGCACAACAAGCCGAGCCGUACGAUACAAGACAAGAGUCACAGAGGCACCACCAACCCGCCUUCCAGCCCCAAAUCGAAGACGAAGACGAAGCACCCAUACCGCAACCCGGCCCCCUCGAGCCCCCCGCCCCCCAACCGCCACACGCAGAACAACUCGUCCCCGACGAAGGCGGAGCAGGCCCCGCAAACGAGCGCCCGCGCGCCACACCCGCGAACCGCGCAAUCGGCGCUAAGAAAGCAAAGUCGCUCGCCCGCAAGGACCAGCGGCGCGCAUACCACGAGUUUCACCGCCAGGAAGCUGAGCUACGCCGCUUGCAAGACGCCGAGGGGCGGGAUGAGCGCGAGGCGGCGGCGGCGGCUGAGAAGGCGAGGCGCGUAGCCGCGGAGGCGGAGAUCAGGGAGGCUGAGAGGAGAGAGAGGGAGGAGGUUAAGGCGCAGAGGGGGAGGGAGGCGAGCGAGGAGCGAGGGAGGAGGGAGAGGGUUGUAGAGUCUGUCCGGAGUCAGCUUGUGAGCCGCGGUGCAGCGGACUUGGCCGAGGCAGCGUAUACGGAAGGGAAAGACCAGCUUUGGGUCGAGAGGCUGGUGAGGGCGAGUGGAAUCUUGAGCCAGAGUACGGCGGGGGAAAAAGUACUGAUCACGAGUCAAGGGUGGGUGGUCAGGGUGGACAAGGAGCUAAUGGAGAUGGCGUAUAAAGAGGCUGAGGAGGCCGGCGAUAAGCGGGAGGGCAAGGUUGAGUUCGGAGAUUUUGGGGAGAUGCUGGAGAGGGCUGUGAGGGCGAGGGGUAGCCGUUGAGGGUGUGUGGAUCGAGAGGGACGAUACCCAAAGAUGAAUGUUCAUGAGAUACGAGUCGACGAUACAAGCAUGUACAUAAAAACCAGAUCCGCGCGAAUUCAAGUCAGACGGGUCAGCCACAAUGAGCAUGGGACACUAUCGUAAAAUGAUUAGUU